CGCCGCGGGUCAGAGGUGAGGGAUGGGCGGCCUGCGCGGGCCUAGGUGAAUAACUGCCCGGAGGUGUGCUCCCUGUCGGCACGAGUUGGAAGAAACCAGGUUAGGUCUCGUCUGUGUGCCCUGGGGAAGCUCCGCCCUCUCCGCCUCUGGGGUUCUGCUGUCCCGGGCCUACAAUUAGCCUGGUCCUGGGCCCUCUUCAAGUCAGACUGCCGCCCUGCUCCUGUCUCCUCUUUCCAGGCGAGGCCCGACUCAGGUUGCUGCCACCGGUACCCCUCUCCUGGAGCUCGAAUUGGGAGGAAAGCGGACUACAGUCUCGGUGAUGGCACCUGAGGUAGCGAAAGUGCCUUAGCGUCGGUUCCGCCUCCUUUGAGCUCCGAAACCCUGGAAAUCAGGAAUACAGCUAUCAUCUUAUGCCAAGAUGUCAGGAAUUGGAAACAAAAGAGCAGCUGGUGAGCCUGGCACAUCUGUGCCUCCAGAGAAGAAGACAGCUGUUGAAGAUUCAGGGACCACAGUGGAAACAAUUAAGCUAGGGGGUGUCUCUUCAACGGAGGAGUUAGACAUUCGAACACUGCAAACCAAAAAUCGCAAGCUAGCAGAAAUGCUCGAUCAGCGGCAGGCCAUUGAAGAUGAACUUCGGGAGCACAUUGAAAAACUAGAACGACGACAGGCCACUGAUGAUGCCUCACUGUUGAUUGUCAACCGGUACUGGAGUCAGUUCGAUGAAAACAUCCGUAUCAUCCUUAAACGUUAUGAUCUGGAGCAGGGUUUGGGAGACCUACUAACAGAAAGGAAAGCCCUUGUUGUGCCUGAACCAGAACCUGACUCUGAUAGCAAUCAGGAACGAAAAGAUGACCGAGAGAGAGGGGAAGGGCAAGAACCAGCUUUCUCUUUCCUUGCAACUUUGGCCAGCAGUUCCAGUGAAGAGAUGGAGUCUCAGCUUCAGGAGCGUGUGGAGUCCUCCCGUCGAGCUGUGUCCCAGAUUGUGACUGUUUAUGAUAAAUUGCAAGAAAAAGUGGAGCUCUUAUCCCGAAAACUAAACAGUGGAGAUAAUCUGAUAGUGGAUGAAGCAGUGCAGGAACUAAAUUCCUUCCUCGUGCAAGAGAAUAUGAGGCUACAGGAACUGACAGACCUCCUUCAGGAGAAGCAUUGCACCAUGUCUCAGGAGUUCUCUAAGUUGCAGAGCAAAGUGGAGACAGCCGAGUCACGGGUAUCUGUCUUGGAGUCUAUGAUUGAUGAUCUGCAGUGGGAUAUUGACAAAAUUCGUAAAAGGGAACAACGACUCAACCGACACUUGGCAGAAGUCCUAGAACGGGUGAAUUCAAAAGGCUAUAAAGUAUAUGGAGCAGGAAGCAGUCUCUACGGUGGCACAAUCACUAUCAAUGCCCGGAAGUUUGAAGAAAUGAAUGCAGAGCUUGAAGAGAACAAAGAGUUGGCUCAGAAUCGUCACUGUGAGUUAGAGAAACUUCGGCAAGACUUUGAGGAGGUCACUACACAGAAUGAAAAGUUGAAGGUGGAAUUGCGUAGCGCAGUGGAGGAAGUGGUUAAGGAAACUCCAGAAUAUCGUUGCAUGCAGUCACAGUUCUCUGUUCUGUACAAUGAGAGCCUACAGUUGAAAGCUCACUUGGAUGAGGCUCGGACCCUACUUCAUGGAACCAGGGGAACUCACCAGCGCCAGGUUGAACUCAUUGAGCGAGAUGAGGUUAGUCUUCACAAGAAGCUGAGAACUGAAGUGAUCCAGCUAGAAGAUACACUGGCUCAGGUCCGCAAGGAAUAUGAAAUGCUGAGGAUAGAAUUUGAGCAGACCCUUGCUGCCAAUGAACAAGCAGGCCCUAUAAACCGGGAAAUGCGCCACCUCAUCAGUAGCCUCCAGAACCACAAUCACCAGCUGAAAGGGGAGGUCCUAAGGUAUAAACGGAAGUUGAGAGAAGCCCAGUCUGAUCUGAACAAGACACGUCUGCGCAGUGGCAGUGCCCUCCUGCAGUCUCAGUCUAGUACAGAGGACGCCAAGGAUGAACCUGCAGAUUUGAAACAAGAUUCUGAGGACUUACCCACCCAGUCCUCAGCAUUGAAGACAUCCCAGGAGGACGUCAAUGAAAUUAAGUCCAAACGGGAUGAGGAAGAGCGAGAACGAGAAAGGAGGGAGAAAGAACGGGAGCGGGAAAGAGAACGAGAGAAGGAAAAGGAGAGAGAACGAGAGAAGCAAAAACUGAAAGAAUCAGAAAAAGAAAGAGAUUCUGCAAAGGAUAAGGAGAAAGGAAAACAUGAUGAUGGAAGAAAAAAGGAAGCAGAAAUUAUCAAACAAUUGAAGAUUGAACUCAAGAAGGCACAAGAGAGCCAAAAGGAGAUGAAACUAUUGCUAGAUAUGUACCGCUCUGCGCCGAAGGAACAGAGAGACAAAGUUCAACUAAUGGCAGCUGAGAAGAAAUCUAAGGCAGAGUUGGAAGAUCUAAGGCAAAGGCUUAAGGAUCUAGAGGAUAAGGAGAAGAAAGAGAACAAGAAAAUGGCUGAUGAAGAUGCCUUGAGGAAGAUUCGGGCAGUAGAAGAGCAGAUCGAAUACCUGCAGAAAAAGCUGGCCAUGGCCAAGCAGGAAGAAGAAGCUCUGCUCUCGGAGAUGGAUGUCACAGGCCAAGCCUUUGAAGACAUGCAGGAACAAAAUAUCCGUUUGAUGCAGCAGUUGCGGGAAAAGGAUGAUGCAAAUUUCAAACUCAUGUCAGAGCGUAUCAAGUCUAAUCAGAUCCAUAAAUUACUCAAAGAAGAGAAGGAGGAGCUGGCAGACCAGGUUUUGACUCUGAAGACCCAGGUUGAUGCCCAGUUACAGGUAGUAAGGAAACUGGAAGAGAAGGAGCACUUAUUGCAAAGCAACAUCGGCACAGGGGAGAAGGAGCUGGGUCUUAGGACCCAAGCCUUGGAGAUGAAUAAACGCAAGGCAAUGGAGGCAGCCCAACUUGCAGAUGACCUCAAGGCACAACUUGAGUUGGCGCAGAAGAAGCUCCAUGAUUUUCAGGAUGAGAUUGUGGAGAACAGUGUCACCAAAGAAAAGGACAUGUUCAAUUUCAAACGAGCCCAGGAGGACAUCUCAAGACUUCGAAGGAAGCUGGAGACCACCAAGAAACCAGACAAUGUGCCCAAGUGUGAUGAGAUUCUGAUGGAGGAAAUUAAGGAUUAUAAGGCACGUCUGACCUGUCCAUGCUGCAACAUGCGUAAAAAGGAUGCUGUACUUACCAAGUGUUUUCAUGUUUUCUGCUUUGAGUGUGUGAAAACACGCUAUGACACCCGCCAACGCAAAUGUCCCAAGUGUAAUGCUGCUUUUGGUGCCAAUGAUUUUCAUCGCAUCUACAUUGGUUGAUCCAUCAAGAGAAGAAGAGGAGCUGGCUAGACAGGCACUUAUUCAUUAACCACCAAACCUCUACCUCUUCUUUUCUUGACAGUUUAUCUGUCAACUCCCAUUCCUCCCUCCAUAGACUCUCUGCUCAAAUAGCUAGAUGACUUUAGGGGAAAGGACUGGUAAAUGUAAGCCUUGGGUUAUAGAAUGAAUUAGAAACAAAUGAAGAAACAAUUGACUCAUAUUUGACCCACAUUUGUCUUCCCUAUCAGCUUUAUUUCCACCUUUUAGAUUUUUUAACAUUUUUGAGGGGGUUGGGCCCAUUGUAUAAUCUUGAAUUAUCCAUUCCUUCUAUAGAAAUCAAGUUGGUAUUUUUGACAUGGAGAUGGGAACAAAAAAUGGAAAUGUUAUUUUGGGGGAGUGACCUUUUAGAAAUAAGCUAUUUAUGGGCACACACUUUCCUUAAUUUGAGUAGUUAACUUUUUCUAAACUUGAAUUAUAAAAUAGUAUAAUUAUGCUACUCUUUCCUGGAUGGUUUGAAACCUUAAUGAAAUUAUAUCCAGGAUAAUUUAGUCCAUUUCCCAUUUACUUGCAAAAUAACUUUUAAGGUCAGCUGGCUUUCUUAUUAAGUUAUUUAAGUUUUGAAUGUUCAACAACUUAAAGUCUUUAAGUUUCUCAAGGCCAGAAUAAUUUCAAAUAAAAUAGACAUUUUUGCCUUCUAAUGAAAUAAAAAUUGGAGAUGAGGAAUAGGACUGAGAUGGUAAAGAGAUCUUCUGGGUACUCUGGGAAAUUGAUACAAAGAGGCUUUGGUGAGCUAUGAAUUACUCUCAUCCUCCUCUCCAUAGGGGUUGUUGUCAGCCCUGUUUUCCAGAAGAUUCAGUGUAAUCCUUCUGUAGGACUUUGUACUCCACAAGCUUCAAUUAAAGCAGGAUUCAGUUUGUUUUUGUGUUAGUGUUUUUUCUUUGAAACUUUUUUCUUUGUUGUUAUUAGUAGAUUUUUACACCUGCUGUUCUAGAAAUGAGUUUUCUUGAACAGAAAUGAGAUUUAGAAACUGCCUGUGUUUUAAGUAUUUAGUUCUUUGAUUAUUGAAGUAGUUUUCUCCCAGUUUUAUUGAGUCUGUUCUGAGAAGACAUUAUGCUAAUAAGAUGUCAAUUUACCUAAAUUCUCUUCCAUUCAUUGUGGGUAAGAGAUUGUGGUUUGUUUCUUAGGGAGUGUCACACAGCCUGGCACUUCAGGUUGAGAGUUCUUAUUUAUUAGUUUUAUGAUAAUAAGCCACAUGGUUUCUCGCGUUUGAAAAGGGUUGUAUGAAAUGGAUCCUUUUUGACCACCAUCUGUCCUAGAUGAUGGUUAAGGACAAAUUUCAUGUCCUUUUGUAGUUACCAGCUGCCAUCUGCAGGACUUGUGAUGAGUCUAGUUGGGGAAUCUUACAUGGUCUUCAAAAUAGGUCACAAGUCUGUUGAUCAUUCCACCCAACACAUGCACAGAACCAUGACUGAUGGGGUGAGGCCCUGCUCCUGGAUACAUUGUGCCUUUGCACAAAUGGGCUGCUUGGGCAGCAGGUUGUUUGGGUUUGGACAUUAACUGUUGAUGACAACUGACUGAGAAAAUCAGCUGCCCAGCACUGAGGGAUUGUGGGCAAGUGGAAUGUUGUGGAGGGAAGCACUAAUUCCAAGGGAAGCUCCUCUGGUUGAGAAGUUGAGGUCCAAAUAACAUAAAAGACACUCUCUGUCACUUCAUAUAAUGACCAAAAAUGGUGGUGAUUUUUUGGACAGUCCAGUUUUUCUCACUCCAGAAGAGAGUACUAAAUGGGCUUUGGGAAUACCCCCAAAUUGCACAUCAUGUGGUCUGGGUUGUAUGUACAAUAUUUUUAGAUUUUUUUCCCCUGAUUUUUAAAGGAAUUUGGAAAAUUCACAGUCUCCCCAAAAUUAGAAAUCAAGCUCUAUGUCCAUAAGAACAUUAUAAGGGUUAUUUCUUUAAUGCCGAUAAAUGCCAAUUUCAAAGAUGAUUAUAGAACUACUGGAGGCUUCUCAAUUUAAAAUAAAAAAAAAAUUCAGAUCUUGUAUGAAUUAC